AAUAUAAGCAGAGGCACAUCAUGGACUACAGCCACCCCAGAACAGAAGAACAGUUGGAGAUACAUGAUGCCAUUCUCCAUCUUCAAACUUGUUUUGACAUCAUUUCUUCUCUGCUUUUUCUUGCAGGAACCUACCAAUGCUCUUAGAAAGACCUACAUUGUGUACAUGGGAGGACAUUCUCAUGGUCCAGACCCUUUGCCUAGUGAUCUUGAAACAGCCACAAAUUCCCAUCAUGAUUUACUCGCUUCUUACUUAGGAAGUCAUGAGAAGGCCAAGGAAGCAAUUAUGUACUCGUACAAUAAGCACAUCAAUGGCUUUGCUGCCAUACUUGAAGAGGAAGAAGCAUCAGAGAUUGCAAAAAACCCAAAUGUAGUUUCUGUUUUCUUGAGCAAAGAACACAAAUUGCAUACAACCAGGUCAUGGGAAUUUCUUGGACUGGAAAAAAAUGGAAGAAUUCCUGCAAACUCUGCUUGGAGGAAAGCAAGAUUUGGAGAAAAUAUAAUCAUCGCUAAUAUCGAUACAGGAGUUUGGCCCGAACACUCCAGUUUCCGCGAUAAAGGAUACGGACCAGUCCCGUCAAAGUGGCGUGGGAACGGUGUCUGUCAAAUUGACAGUUUUAAUGGUACACAGGGAUACUUCUGUAACAGGAAGCUGAUUGGAGCAAGAACUUUCCUAAAAAAUCACGAGUCUGAAGUUGGGAAGGUUGGUCGAACGCUACGCAGUGGACGUGACUUGGUAGGGCAUGGCACCCACACACUGUCAACAGCUGGUGGUAAUUUUGCUCGUGGAGCAAAUGUUGAAGGUAACGGCAAAGGUACUGCUAAGGGAGGCUCCCCAAGAGCACGCGUUGUGGCCUACAAAGCGUGCUGGCAUAAAUUGGACACAGGAGGGUGCCAUGAAGCAGAUAUUCUACAAGCAUUUGAUCAUGCCAUUCAUGAUGGUGUUGAUGUCAUCUCUGCCUCUAUCGGUUCGUCUAAUCCCUAUACCGAAGCUUUGUUAACAGAUGGGAUGUCCAUAGGGGCAUUCCAUGCAGUUGCCAGAAACGUAGUCGUAGUUUGCUCUGCUGGAAAUGAUGGACCAUCACCUUUAAGUGUCACAAAUGUUGCACCCUGGUUCUUCACCGUUGCUGCUAGCACACUAGACAGGGAUUUUCUCAGCGACAUUUCUCUCAGCGACAAUCAAUCCAUUACGGGUGCCAGUCUCAAUCGAGGCUUGCCACCAUCGUCCCCGUCGAACAAGUUCUAUCCCAUAAUUAAUUCUGUCGAGGCUAGACUUCCUCAUGUGUCUAUUAAUGAUGCUCGUCUUUGCAAACCGGGAACACUUGAUCCUAGAAAAGUAAGGGGAAAGAUACUAAUAUGCCUUCGAGGUGAUAAAUUAACUUCAGUUAGUGAGGGCCAACAGGGUGCUCUUGCUGGUGCUGUGGCAGUUUUUGUGCAAAAUGAUGAGCAAAGUGGAAAUUUACUUCUGGCCGAGAAUCAUGUUUUACCUGCUGCAAGUAUCAGUGGAACAGGGAAUGAAAGUCAAGGAGGUGCUUUCAACAUCAGCAGCAAGGGGGUCUUAGCUUACUUGAGUGCGGCAAGGACACAUAUAGGAGUAAAGCCUGCUCCAAUCAUAGCAGGAUUCUCAUCCAGGGGCCCCAGUUCCGUGCAACCAUUAAUACUAAAGCCAGACAUAACUGCUCCUGGUGUGAACGUAAUUGCAGCUUUUACACAAGGAGCAGGUCCGUCUAAUAUUGCAUCAGAUAGACGUCGGUCUCCUUUCAAUGUGCAACAGGGAACUUCUAUGUCUUGCCCUCAUGUCGCUGGCAUUGCAGGUCUUCUCAAAGCAUAUCAUCCUACUUGGAGUCCAGCAGCUAUCAAAUCAGCUAUUAUGACCACAGCUACAACACUAGACAACACGAAUCAACCCAUUCGCAAUGCAUUUGAUGAGGUAGCAACUCCAUUCGAAUAUGGUGCCGGACACAUUCAACCUAACCUUGCAAUUGACCCUGGACUCGUUUACGAUUUACGCACCUCCGAUUACUUGAACUUCUUAUGUGCUUCUGGUUACAACCAAGCUUUACUCAACUUAUUUGCCAAAUUGAAAUUGCCUUACACUUGUCCCAAGUCUUACAGAAUUGAAGAUUUCAACUAUCCUUCAAUUACGGUGCGUCAUUCUGGGUCAAAGACCAUAAGUGUUACUCGUACAGUUACAAAUGUUGGGCCUCCAAGCACGUAUGUUGUGAAUACUCACGGGCCGAAGGGGAUUAAGGUUCUUGUUCAACCAUGUUCGUUGACUUUUAAGAGAACCGGAGAAAAGAAGAAGUUUCAGGUUAUACUGCAGCCAAUUGGUGCCCGUCAUGGGUUGCCUUUAUUUGGGAAUUUGUCUUGGACAGAUGGCAGGCACAGAGUAACCAGUCCUGUUGUAGUUCUGUAAUGUAACCUUAGAAGUUAGAAGUUGCUCUCAGCAUUGUUAUGUUAUCACUGUCAUUUGAGUGUGUUUGCGUUUGCUGUUUUUAGGCUGUAAUAUAAGCGUGCUUCCUACUCCUGUUGUGUUAAACUUUGUCUAAACUAGUAGGAAGGUUUAAAAUUUCGAGGUAUUGAACUCUGUUGCUUUGGAGCUAUGUUUGUAAUAGGCACACUCUAUCAUGUAUGGAACCCGUAUCUUUGAAAGUCUAAUUAAUAGACAAUGUUGAGAGUUGAGACCCUAUCUAAAUAAUAUUGAACAAUUUUAAUUAGGCUCUAA